AUGGCAGAGCUAAGGGAGAACCUGGGAGGAGCUGGUCAGAGUUCGUCAUUGGCCAACCUCGAGGUCUGGGUGAACGUGACGGUGUACAAUUGGUUCGAGUUGAACUCACGAUCAGGCUGGGCCUAUACCAAAAUCUAUUCGUCCAAUGCAAUCAUCAAGUUCCUUGGAGGCUUGGUUCGCCCCUUCAAGUCGAAGAUGACAUUUAGAGCAUAUAUGGUCAUCUACAUGCCUGACGGGACUCAGAUAAAGUUUACUGGGAAUAGACGCGUAGACCUUUACUUCUACUGCAACGACAAUGAUUUCAUCAAUAAAGUCUCCAUGGUUGUCCCCAGUGACAGUGUCAUCACAUACCCGUUUCAACCGGACGGAGACAAGUGCCCACUUUACAAAUUACAGGUAAUGCACCAACUCCGAGGUGCCUUAUUUGAUGGGCACAUUUGGUACAGCCCUUUGGUUCAUUUGCGAUUGCGAUAUUCACCACGAAUAAUUGAGGAGCUGGCUUGA